AUGGCCGAAACCAUCCUCGUCGUCGGUUCCACUGGUAACAUCGGCUUCUCUGCCAUCACAGCUGCUCUGCGUAGCAAACGCAAUGUCCUCGCCGUGGUCCGCAGCCAGUCUUCCGCCGACAAGCUGGUGAAGUACAUCGGCUCAGACAAGGGCAUCACCAUCGCGGAAGCAGAUGUUACAUCCGACACAGGGGUCAAAGGUGUGGUGGAGAAGGUGCGCGCUGGCAAGCUCCCUGCUUUCCAGCAUGUGUGGACUAGUGUCGGUGGCGAGUAUACAUUCGAUAAGAUCGAGAACGUGAGCACCGAACGCUUGCGUAGGAAUAUGAACAUUGGCUUCGAGGCCGGUUUCUUCGCCUACCGCGAUACCAUCAAAUACCUACGAGAGCAAAACAACCCGAACAGCACCUGGACGAUCUGCACCGGGGCACAAGGAGAGAUCGCCCAGUUCGUCGUACCUGCCAUGACCCAAGGUGCUCUCUUCCCAUUCUGCAAGGCGGCCGCACGGGAGAACGAGGAGACGAAUGUUCGUGUCAACGAAGUGUACCUCUGCUACCGUGUGGAGAACGACAAGGACGCUGUUGAGCAUGGUGUGACGAAGGCUUCGGACUUUGCGAAUGUGUACGAGAUGAUUCUGGAUUCGCCCGAUGUGCGUAGCUCGAGGGUUUGCGUGGAGAAUGCGGAUGAGGACUUGAAGAAGCUGAAGGUGAGACCUUUUCAAAAGAUCUAG